AUGGAUCUCUUCGAGGCCGCCUUCGAAAACUUCGGUCUGGUCAUCAACACGGAGAAUACGGUGGUUGUGCAUCAACCGCCACCCGACGCUGCUCACGUCGCACUGCAAAUCAACGUGAACGACGCCCAACUGCAAGUGGUAAAAAAACUUUACCUACAGCACCCUUUCCCGCACCACCAAAAUCGACGAUUAGGUGGUCCGCUGGAUCUCCAAAGCCAGCAGAACCUUCGGCCGUCUUCAAGGCACAGUCUGGAAUCACCACGGUCUCCACCUCACCACCAACGGCAGAUGUACAAAGCGGUCAUUCUACCGACGCAGCUGUAUGGGGCAAAGACCUGGACGAUAUACAAGAAGCAGUCGCGGAGACUCAAUCAUUUCCACCUCAAUUGUCUUGGACGGGCAAUGAAGCUGAGAUGACAGGACCGGAUCGCGGGCACAGAUAAACUGGAGUGGACUUGGAUCCUCAGCAUCUACGCCAUGCUGAAACAGUUGAAACUGCGCUAGAAUGACCACUUCGUGUGGAUGGAUGAUGAGCAACUACCCAAACGACUCUUCUACGGAGAUAUCGCCACGCGUUCCGGCCGACAAGGAGGUCAAGCCUGUCGCUACAAGGACACUCUGAACACUUCCAUGAAGUUCCUGCAGAUCGACCCCGCCAACUGGGAAGACCUCGUUUUAGAGCAACCGACAUGGAAGAGGACAGUGAAGCGAGCACAGCUAUAUACAAAACCAACUACAUCACUACCGCCAUAGCCGAACGCGAAGCUCGCAAAUCACGGAUGCGCCUACCUCGCAACGUCAACGCUCAGUCGAUUCUUACCUGCUCACGCUGCGUUUGGGCGUUUCGGGCACCGAUCGGCCUUGAGGGAUAUCGUCGUAUCAACAGCAGCGUCCGGGCCACAACAGCUGCGUUCUCCUCGUCCAAGUCAGCCUCCACGACGAAAGCUAACGCUUAUCGCACUCCAGAACCUUCACUGCCAUCCUCCCCCUCCUCCUCCUCCGCUACGGCGGUUCCUGCUCACACGAUCCUGACAAAACAACAAACACCAAACACCCACCGUAAAAACAAGCAAUAUGGACUUGAUCCACACCUUUCCUCAUUGAAAACGCUCCAUUACCCCACACAUCAGCCUUGUCGGUCACUUGCGAAUCCAUCGCUCGGAGACUGGCGAACCCGUGUCUGAAGCACGAUCCUACACUCGCCGCAUGUGUCUUCACAGUCCACAUUGCCCUCGCACAUUCACUCACCGCACUGGUCUAUUCGGUCACAUGCGUAUCUACGAGAGCAGAAUUGACCGCAGCCUCGACACACAUAAUUACUUCCUACAUAUCCACCAUGCCUAGCUAAACCCACACCACAUGGUUCAGCGCUUCCACCACCAAUAGCUCCACCAUUUCCGAAACCGACGCCGACACCGUCGACUUUACCUGUCCACUCUGUCCGCGUGCAUUCACCUCGCGCAUCGGCCUGGCCGGUCAUUUGCGAAUCCAUCGCACAGAGACUGGCGAACCAGUGCCUGGAGCACUAACAUACACCAGACGUAUCCGCUUCAACUGCCUUCACUGCACCCGCACAUUCGCCCACCACAUGGGCCAACUGGGCAUCCAACGCAAGUGGGAACUGCGCGUCUCGAUUCUGGAUCCCCGCGGCUCCUCUGCUGCUUGA